UAACGUUACAGUCUGACAUAAUUGUGCCUUUUAAAAUUGUUGUAUGCUGUUACCACAGUGGUGGUUAACAUUGCUGUUUUUCUUUUCUCUAUUGUCUAGAUAAUGAAGUUGACGGAGAAGCAGUGGACUAUGGAUUGACUGAGAGGAUGGUUUCAUACCUCUUUGAAGGAUCCUUUAAGAAGCAAGCCAAAUUCAACAGAUUUGUUCAGCAGUGGAAAGAAACCGUGACACUAACCCUCGAGCCUGUCCCGGUACAUUCAGAGAAGGCUACAGCGGAAUCAAGUCAUGCCAUCCCAUCAUCAGCCUUCCCAGCAGUUUUCAUCAUUCCUAAAUUUCCCAGAGAUGUUCAGACAAAGUUGGACCAAAAACCGGCAUGCAAAAUUGAGAGAUCCCAUCACAACAAAAUCAUAAGAACAUUGUUUGAAACCAUGGCCCUGAUCAAAAUGUUUCCGACCAAUGAUGACUAUGUUAAAGUGUGUAAGGCCCUGAUUUUGAAAUACCCUUUCUUAAAGGACAAAGAAGGCAAUGGUUAUCAUACCUGGCACAUGUCUCUCAAACGUAAGUUCAAAUAUGAGCGGGUGCCACUGGUAGAUGAUGAAGAGGUGAGAAGAAUGAAACAGAAAUUUGGUCACCACAAAAAGCCUUUACAACAGGAAGAAAACACAAGCAAACGAGCCAAGCCAUCAAAGGAGGUGGAUAUUAUUGGGGAGGAUGAUACCUCAGUAGCGAGGCAUGUGAAAGUCCUGCAGGACCAGUACCGGAAGACAAAGCCAGAUGCCCAAAUGGUGGAGGAACGGAUGAUGAGGACAUUUGCUUGGAGAAGGCGAGAGAUUGCCAAUGGGAUGACUGUCGAAGAAGCCAUUAACAAAUAUCCAUUCCUUAAGAGUCCAUGCGGGCUAUUUCAGGAAAUGGGCCGGCUUCAUGAUGAAAUGAAUAUCUGCCGAAGAUUUGAAGAUGGCUUUAAGGUCCUAGUACCCAAAGUGCUUAAAUUGACUCAAAGGAAAUCUCCCCUUGCAGAUUUGGCUUUGGAGGAAAGAGAGGCUGCCCUCACCGAAGAUGUCCCUGGGAUUGAUUUCAGAGCUGCAAUCCUGCUGUUGCCGAUCCUGUUCAGGGAGAAAAAUGACAUUCUCGUCAUACUUGGGGAGGAUCAGCCACCAUCGCCAUAUCCUACUGUACAUCUCGACGCUGUCGCUGACUGGAGGAGUGUGCUGACUCAAAGGGUCCCUGCAGUGGUCAAACUGGAUGGGCAGUCAGUCUGCAGGGCGCUUGGUUUGGAGGAAGGUGUUAUUGCUGCUUUUUGUGCUUACUUCAUCUACAACGUGAUAUAUCCAUCUCGCCUGAAGAACACCCUAAUUUUUAUUCAGCGAUAUGUUCUAAAAAUGUCUGAGGUUGGUGAUAAGCCUCUACCUGUUAGUGUGACCAGGGUAAUCAACAUUUUAGCUUAAUCAACAACCGCAAUGCCUACACCAUUCAGCUGUCCUAAAUGCUCUCGAAGAGCCUUCACAUUGGUGAAGUUAAUCCAGCACAUCGGACUUGUUCAUGCACAUGAGCCACAUUUUACCAUAACGUGUGGCCUUAACAACUGUCAAUCAACAUUUUCUAAAUAUGAGUCCUUCCGACGACAUAUUUACAGGAAGCAUAAAGACAUUAUAGCCAGACGAGCCACUGCUCAUGAUAUCCAGGAAACAGUAGUGGGCGAGGAGGAGCAGGGGCCCAGUGAUGCUGUCAAUCCUCCUGAACCUCCUGAGAUGAAUGAACUGUUAGUGCAGUUUAGAGAGAAUCUUUUUGGCUUUAUUCUGAAAUCGAGGGAAAAAAACCACCUUCCUCAGACUGUUCAACAAGAAAUCCUGGAUGACGUAAAUUUUUUGUUUGACUUCUUUAAAGCAAACUAUGAUGCAUUUCUAAAAUAUCAUCUUGAAAAAAAUGGCUUCAAUGUGGAAUCUUGUCCUGAACUUUAUGAAGUCCUGCAGUGUUCUGACUUUUUUUCAGAGGCAUCAAAACUUGUUAGGUCUCCGCAUAUGUUGAAAAACUACUGCAAAUCCAACCUUGAAAUGACUGAACCUGUAGACUACGCACUGAGAGACCCAAGUGGUCGUAAAGUUGGAAGCUACUCAUAUGUACCCAUUUGUGAUGUACUUCAGAAAUACUGCUCCCAUGAAGAUGUUUGGGAUUCUAUUCAGAGAGAGCAAAACUGUGAAAGAGAUGAACAUGUUCUAACUGAUUAUAGAGAUGGAUUUUAUUUCAGGAACCACAAGGUAUUUGCAGAUAAUCCAGAUGCUCUAAGGUUACACCUAUAUGAGGAUGAAUUUGAGGUGUGCAAUCCGCUGGGUUCUAGACGCAACAAGCACAAACUUUGUGCAUUCUACUACACUGUUGGAAACGUAGGUUCAAAGUACUGCUCACAGUUAAAACAUAUCCAUCUAGCUUUGCUUGUCCGUUACGUUCACGUAAAAAAGUUUGGUUUAGAUGUAAUUUUGAAGCCUUUACUUGAUGACCUUAAGAAACUGUCAUCAGAGGGACUUAAAAUCAUUGUUAAUGGCAUGGAGAAGCAUGUUUUUGGAGCUGUAGCUGCAAUAUUGGGAGACAAUCUGUCAUCUCACAUGAUAGGUGGAUUUGCCAUGUCUUUUGGUGCUGGUCGAAUCUGUAGAUACUGCAUGGCUACUCACUCUGAGAUGAAAAAGAACUUCAUUGAAUCUGAUUUUGUUUUAAGAAAUGUUGAUGUACACAGAUACCAUUUAGAAUGUGUAAAACUAAAUCCAGAAAACAAAGGAAUGUAUGGAGUUCGUGGUGGAUGUGUAUUUGACCAGUUAGAUUACUUUGACGUCACAACAUCUCUUCCUCCAGAUGUCAUGCAUGAUUUCUUGGAGGGUGUAGCACCGUUGGUAUUGAGGCUUGUUGUAUGUAAAGCUCAUCAAGAAAAACAUAUAACCAUACAAGAACUAAAUGAUGAACUAAGAAAGAUGUCCAUUGGACAAAAUGAUAAGACAAAUAAGCCUGUGGCUUUCUCAGAAAAUAUUUUACAUGGAUCCAGUGUUGUUGGAUCUGCUUCACAGAAGUGGUGUUUAUUCCGCCUACUUCCUUUCUUGAUGGCACACAGGGUACCUGAAGGCUGCAGUUACUGGCGGAUCUAUUUAUUGUGUCGUGAAAUUGCCGACAUUGUAAUGGCACCUGUUGUAAAAAAAGAGUCCCUUCUUCUUCUUGACCAAUUAGUUUCUGAGUUUUUGUGUGGCAUGGAAAAAGAGUUUGGAAAUGUGAUAACUCCAAAAUGUCAUUACUUGAUCCAUUAUUCUCGUCUAAUGUUGUCCUACGGUCCUUUACGGUCUUUGUGGUGCAUGAGAUUUGAAGGGAAACAUCAGUAUUUCAAACAGGUAGCUAGUUCCUCAAGGAACUUUGUCAAUGUUACAUCAACUUUAAGCAGCCGCCAUCAGUUUAGACAGUGUUGGGAAUUUUCGUCAACUAAUAUGUUUGGGGAGUAUGAGAGGGUUAUGGGACGCAGUGUUAACACACUGUUACAGUCUCUUCCUUCAGCUCUUAGGCAUUCCAUAACUGUUAGUGAGCGGUACAAACAUGUCAAUUUUCAGGACAUUACACUCAACCGAGUAACAGAGGUUGUGAUUAACAGUGUUAAAUACUGUGUAGGAGAUGUCUUUGUUGUGGGUCAUUUGCACGGUGAAAAAAUACCUUUGUUUUUUCAGGUCAAAUACAUUCUAAACAUACACACAGAUUGGGCGUUAUGUGGAAAGCUAUUAAUUCCUCUUUCUUUCUGUCAUCACUAUUACGCCUACUUGGUGAAGUAUGAACAGGACUGGACUGUCCUUGACCCUUUUGAGGUGAUGGAUUUUCAUGCUUUGGAUACAUACUGUGUCGAUGAUAAACUGUUUGUUAGUAUGCGGCAUUUAUGUUAAGCUGUGUUGGGAGGGUUGUAGAGCGUUGUAGAUGAGCUCAAAGCUUGUGUUUUUUAAUCCAGAACACAUCAAGUGUCAUAUAGUUUAUCCGUUAAGUGACUCUUUACUUUGGUGUGGUGCUAAAGUGUUUUGCUUGGUCUUUGAUAAUAAACUUAUGUUUUUCUGCACUAUACUGCUGUUCUUAUUAGUGAUGUUUAUGAAA